AUGGCUUUUAUUCAACGCCUUGUGAUUCAUUUUCGUGAACUUCAAAAAAAUCCACCUCCGUUAUGUUAUGCAGAACCUGAAAACCCUAGUAAAAGCAUGAUUCAUUGGGUCGGGUGGAUACAGGGACCUGAAGAUACGCCAUAUGCAGGUGGAAAAUUUCGUCUCACUAUAGAUUUUCCUGCAGAUUUCCCUUACAGAGCACCUGAAGUUCGCUUUGUUACACCAGUUUAUCAUCCAAAUAUCAGUGUCACAGGUGAAAUCUGUUUAGAUAUUCUUCAUUCACAAUGGUCUCCAGCAUUAACUAUACGCGGUCUUUUGAUUUCGUUAUGUUCGAUGUUGACUGACCCAAAUUCGGAACAUGGACUCAAUAAAGAUGCACUCAAGUUAUAUCGAACAAAUCAGAAAGAAUACAAUGAAACAGCGAGAGAUUGGACAAAGAGGUUCGCUAUGGAUGGUACUAAUUAGAAAUUUGAUAAUACGACUGCAUUUAUUGGCAUAUUGGUAAAUGAUCAAGCAUAAAAUUUAAAACUAUUUAUAAGGUAUCUAGUUUUUUUCUAUGAUGUUGUUCAUAAGGGAUGUUUGUUUUAUUUAUAUUAUUUUUCAUUCAAAUAAUUAAAUCUACAUUGGUUUGGAUAUAUUUAAAGCGAACUCAGUACUU